AUGGACCAACAAGGCGAAAGCAGGCAAAACGGAGCUAUGAGCGAACAACAGCUCGAUCGAUCCCAUACAACAGGAGGGGUUCGAUCGAGCUCGUACACGACGAGCAGCAGCUCGAUCGAGCUAGUACACGAGCAGCAGCCCGAUCGAGCUCAUCACGACGAGCAGCAGCUCGAUCGAGCUGUACACGAGCAGCAGCUCGAUCGAUCGUACCAGGAGGUGCGAUCGAGCUCGUACGACAGGAGUCGAUCGAUCCCGUGCCAUCUCGAUCUCAGCCGUUCGAUCUCCCGCUCAGAUGAUAUCACAGCCGUUCGAUCUACUUGGUGCAAACCGACUCGAUCGAACCACAGCGAACCGGAUUGA